UUCCCAUAACCCAGUUGCCAAACACGCCGUUAGGCGCUUUUAGCUGCCUGAAUCCAUACGACUGUUUGGUUUCCAUAACUCAGUUGCCAAACACGCCCCUAAGGCGCUUUUAGCUUCCCUGCUCAACAAGGAACCCCAAACAAAUCGUAAGGGGAGAGAGAGAGAGAGAGAGAGUGAAGGCUUUGAUAAUAAAGGACUUCCAGGCUGCGAGAGAUAGAGAGAGAGCUAUUGGAUUGAUCAAUGGCGGGCGUAUCACUCAAGUGUGGGGACUGUGGGGCCCUACUGAGGUCCGUGGAGGAAGCCCAGGAGCACGCCGAGCUGACCACCCACACCAACUUCUCCGAGUCCACCGAGGCUGUGCUCAACCUCGUCUGCACUACUUGCGGCAAACCUUGCCGAUCCAAAACGGAAAGUGAUUUGCAUACAAAAAGAACUGGGCAUACUGAGUUUUCUGAUAAGACUUCAGAGGCGGCAAAACCAAUUAGUUUGGAGGUUCCAAAGGAAGCUGCAGAGUCGGAACAGGCUACCAAUGCAAGUACUAGCCAACCUGAAGAAAUGGUUGUGCCAGAAGUUGACAAAAAAUUGCUUGAGGAACUUGAAGCAAUGGGUUUUCCAGUGGCACGAGCGACCCGUGCCCUUCAUUAUAGUGGUAAUGCUAGCAUCGAGGCCGCUAUAAAUUGGGUGGUAGAACAUGAGAAUGACUCAGACAUAGAUCAAAUGCCCUUGGUACCUGUCAAUACAAAAGUUGAGGCUACAAAACCUUCACUUACACCAGAAGAACUGAAAGCCAAACAACAAGAGCUAAGGGAGAAAGCUCGCAAGAAGAAAGAAGAGGAAGAGAAGAGAACGGAAAGAGAGAAGGAAAAGGAGAGAAUUCGAGUGGGCAAGGAACUCUUAGAAGCAAAGAGAAUUGAGGAAGAAAAUGAGAGAAAACGGAUAUUGGCCUUGCGGAAAGCAGAGAAAGAGGAGGAGAAAAGAGCUAGGGAAAAAAUUCUGCAGAAAUUGGAAGAAGACAAAGCGGAAAGAAGGCGGAAGCUUGGAUUGCCACCAGAAGAUUCUUCAAGUGUAAAACUUUCUUCACCUGUUGUGGAGGAGAAAAAGAGCUCGUUGCCGGUUAGGCCUGCCACAAAAACAGAGCAAAUGAGAGAGUGUUUGCGCGCUCUUAAGCAAAAUUACAAGGACGAUGAUGCCAAAGUGAAGAGAGCGUUCCAGACUCUUCUAACUUUUGCAGGCAAUGUUGUCAAGAAUCCUGAUGAGGAGAAGUUCAGAAAAAUUAGACUCAGCAACCAAUCCUUUCAAGAAAGAGUUGGUGCAUUGAGAGGGGGCAUUGAGUUUCUUGAGCUGUGCGGGUUUGAAAAAAUUGAAGGGGGCGAGUUCUUGUUCCUAGGCAGGGACAAGGUUGACAUGGCCGUGCUAAAUUCAGCUGGGGCCGAGCUGGACUCUGCAAUAAGAAAUCCCUUUUUCGGAGUUCUUUGAGUGAAUAUCAGUUGUAAAAUGGGUGUCACCAAUAAAUAAAUAGUUUUUCUUUUGUAAGUGCUUGGUUUUAUUGAUUGUAAAAGAUUGUGUUGGGCAUGUACUAAUUAUAUUCUGAAUGAAAUUGUGAACAUUUUGUUCU